UACAUAAGGUACCCGGGCUGAACUGAAAUCCUAUCAGUUAAGAAUAUGAAUGGCCAAUAAAAUAACCUCAUGGUGUAGGCUAUUCUGUCUAUCUGUUUUGAAGACAAGUCCCUUUGGGUGAAGGAGAAGGGGUCAAUCUUUCUCCAAACAGCAAGAAAAAUCAAUAGGCUCAUUAAUCAAAGUCCGUGUUCUUUAACUACCAGGAGUCACCUUCCAAUCAGGGCAGAGAGAAAGCAUUAUGAUAUCAUCCCUGUAGCCAGUCUCCGGGUGAGUUUAGACCUGGCUUUGUUUGAGCUUGCAGAGAGAGCUGCUGUAUUUGGAGAUGAGGAGAGACGGAGAAGAAGCAUGGUCGUAGGGCGGGGUUUGGGUCUCUGGAUCUCACGUCUCCUCCCGCCGCCGCCUCUGAUAGGAUUACAGUUCAGCCCGGUUACCAAGUCGGGGAGCUUUUUCACACAAACAGUUAACGCCCACCCACUGAACCGGGAAAGUCGCUUCGAACCAAACAGCGUGCUUCACAUUCAACAGUCUAUUCGGUAAUCGCCCAACGCAAAGGAGCGCUCAUUAUAGAACAGUUUGAGAGCGCGACAGAGAGAGAAGUUAAAUGAACAACACUUUCGUUUGUUUCUCGCAGGAUUUAAGGAUAUUUACACCGAUUUCUAGUCUUUUUUUUAACAACGUUUUGCAAUAUUUAUAUUUUUUCCUCGGUCAAAAAGCCCAUUUUUUGAUUUAUAUUCUAUACAAGGGACCGUUACAUAAAGUGAUUAAAAACGUUUGGACGCGUCAUCUCUGAACAAUCUCAAGAAACUGCUGAGUGCACGCAAACAUGCCGUCGCUUCGAGAUUGAACAGGUUAGCUCGGAUUUCCGUUAAGUAUUUACAACUAUUUGUGACUGGGCACCGGACAGGCAGACUUUACCUCAGAUGCACCUCACAUACAUGACAGACCCCGUUUAGAGCACAGAGGAGAGCGAGGAACAAAAACAUACCGGCUCAAACUAAACAAACCGUUUGUAGUUUGACAGUUAGAGGCGGUUAUGCCAGCCGCUGACUUCGACAUGGUGUUUGACAGUCCCCGGUUACACGGGGGUAAAGCCCCCGCCUCUACCCCCAACAACGAGAACGUUGUCCCGGCUUCCCUAAGCAGUCCUGCCGUGGAUAUCCUGCGGAACUUCUACCAUACCAAGCGUGUGGGAAACUACUUGAUCGGGAGGAAACUUGGAGAGGGCUCCUUCGCUAAAGUCCGAGAGGGACUUCAUGCCAUGACCGGAGAGAAGGUUGCAGUAAAGGUCAUAGAUAAGAGGAAGGCGAAGAAGGACUCGUAUGUGACGAAGAACCUCCGUAGAGAGGGUCAUAUCCAACAGAUGAUCAGACACCCCAACAUUACCCAGCUGCUGGACAUACUGGAAACUGAGAACAGUUACUACCUGGUGAUGGAGUUGUGUCCUGGAGGAAACAUCAUGAACCGGAUCUACGAUAAGAAGAAGUUGGACGAGAGAGAGACUCAGAAAUACGUUCGGCAGCUGGUGAUGGCUGUGGAACAUCUACACAGAGCUGGAGUGGUGCACAGGGAUCUGAAGAUUGAGAACCUACUUUUGGAUGAACAGGACAGCAUCAAGCUCAUCGAUUUUGGUCUCAGUAACUGUGCAGGGAUCCUGGGUUACUCAGACCCGUUCAGUACGCAGUGUGGGAGUCCAGCCUACGCUGCUCCAGAACUACUGUCCCGCAAGAAGUACGGCCCCAAGGUGGACGUCUGGUCCAUAGGCGUGAACAUGUAUGCCAUGCUGACGGGCAGCCUUCCCUUCACCGUGGAGCCCUUCAGUCUCAGGGCUCUGCACCAGAAGAUGGUGGACAAGGAUAUGAACCCUCUACCGCCCUCUCUCUCUACAGCGGCCAUCUGUCUGUUGAAGAAGCUGUUAGAACCAGAUCCAGCUAAGAGACCCAACAUCCACCAGGUCAUGGUCGACUCCUGGCUACAACUGGCUAACGCUAACACUGGAGCACCCUACCUCAACAGGAUCCACAUUGAGGAGAUCAACCACAUGGUAUUACUGCAUAUGACAGAGAGGAUGGGCUACAAACACAGCGAAGUGCUGAGUGCCGUGCUCACCAACAGAGCCUGUCACACCCUGGCUGUCUACUUCCUGCUCAACAACAAGAUGAAGAGGCUCUCCAAGGAGUACAGGGAGAAGGUGUACCAGGAGAAGGAGAAGAAGACAGAGAAGAAUGAGUACUUCCAAACCCAGUGGAGAAAACACGUAGAGAAGGUCACCAUCCCUCCUAAACAGACUCCCGUCUACCUGGCCGUUAGCAAGGGCCCGAGCAAGGAGAAGAAGCACAGGAAUGGUCUUCUGCGAGCGGUGACAGGUAACUUCCACCGUGCUUCUCCUCUCGCCCCGUCCGGCACCGUCGCCUCGUCCUCCAUGGAAUACCUAGAGAUCCACCCCCUCUUCCCCCGCACGCCACAGCCAAUCAGGCGCCUCGAAACUCUCCAGGUGGCCAAUACUAGCCCAGACCACAUCCCUGCCCCCCCGGCUCCCUCUCCAAUAGGUAUGCAUUCCUACGACUCCCUCUCCAAAGCCGAGCCAAUCGACGACGUUGUGGUUCCUGCCUCGGCCACUCCCUGGUACAAACUGACCAAUGGGACCUUCUCCCCUCCGCGACAUGUCUCCGCCUUUCACCCUGACUCCUCCUACUUAAAAAAGGCGACCAUCCCCAGCCCCCCCGUCCUCAUCGUCAACCCCCAGCCUAAAAAGUCCUCCUCUAACUCGGGUGACUGGUGCGGGUCAGACACCAGCUGUAGCCCCCCAGCUCCUUCGGCAGCCCCCAGGAGGCUCAGCCUUCUCCCCGCCCAAAUCAGCCUUCUCCCCCCUCAACCCGUCAUCUGCCUUCAGUCCUCCGUCCUCUGGGGGCAGCGUUGAGCCAGACAGCCCCUAUCACCGCGGCAGUAAGUUUCCCUCUAUGGGCAUCGGUCAGAUCCUGAAGAAGAAGGUUCCCUUCCAGCCGUUCAGUUUCAGGGCGGAGCAAGCGGUGGAAGAGGAUCUGGUGUCUCCGCCCCCUUACCACAUGCAGACGCUGCUCUGCGCCUCCGGGGCGCUCAAGACCCUCUGCUGAAGCAUUCUGGGUAACGGAACAAUGGCGAUGAUCAAUGACCAUGUGGAGGAUUAUGGCUCUGGUCCAAAGUUAGUGCCCAAUGAAAACGAGGAGAUAAGAUGUCGUCGUUUCAGACAGUUUUUUAAUCUCUAUCAUACUUCCUGCGUCCUAUUUUGGGGCAGGAAGUGGGCGUGGUUCUUCCUGAGCGGCCUUGGAACUUUUGUGAACUUUGACCCUGUGAACUGUCCUCUGCUGAGGCAGUCACCAUGACGACACUAUGACUCUAGAUACACAGAGACACUGUCUGUUGGAGUGAAAGACUAUAAAAUAAAACACCGAAGACUAAAGGUGGUUUGAAAAUUAAAUGAAAAUGACUGUUUGUACUGUCAACGAUUGUUUCUGCUGGUGAAAGGCCUUUGUGAAGACAAGCUGUGACUCCAGUGACUGGAACAUGUGAAGUAAAGCUCUACAGUGUCAGAGUUUUACCUGUCGUUGUUACAUAUUGUGUUGUGAGAGAGGGCUGAGUGACACACACACACACACACACCCACACACACAUUCAGGGAAAUUAAGGUGAGGUUUAUACAGUGGAAAUGGCUGUAUUAUCUAACUAUUGUAAACCAAACCUACAACGAUGUCAGGGGCUGAUUUCCCUGGAAGACUGAUGUGUCAUUGUUCCAGGACGUUCCUUCAGCUUGAUAUGACUGUGGUUGUGUACGUUAAGCCACAUAGUUCGAGUCAAGCAAUAUACCAACAGCUGCCUGUCAGUCUCACCUUUCUGCUGUCACAUUCAUUAAAACCAAACAUGCUGUGAUCUGUGGUUAAGAUAAGUCGAUUAGUUAUGUGGAAUUUCCGCUUUGGUUUCAUUCCAUCGGAACCUGACCAUCAACCGUGGGUUCUACCGCAGAAUUAGAACGCGUUCUAAUUCUACGGUUUCCACGGUGAAUUGUGUUCCACUGGAACCAAACACUGCAGAAUCCUAGCGAUUUUAGUUUGUUUCUUAGCCAGUCACAUAACCGUCCAUACCGCUCUGACCUCCCUAUAGGGUUGUGUUCUGAGUCCAACUGCCAACCUGUUAUACAAUCAGCUUCUAUACGACAGUGGAAAUAUACAUCAUUCUAUAUGACAGUUUAACUAUUAGACCAUCCAUUCCUUAGGCUGCGUCCCGAAUGGUAUUCUAUUCCCUACAUAGCACACUGCUUUUAACCAGAGCCCUAUGGACUAUAGAAUGUGUAGGAUACCAUUAGGGACUCUGUUAGCAGAUCUACCUGUUGAGACAGACAAGUUAUAUAAAAGUGUCAAAGGGAUUACAAUGAGUUGCUGAGUGUUGUAACCCUGCCCUGCCUCAGACUGAAACAGGAGGAGGAGGAAGAGGAGGGUAGACCUUCCACUAUCACGGCACGUAAAAGUGAUACAUUUAAUAUCGUCUUUAAGGGAUACUGACUGUAGUUUGUGCAAUAUUGCUAUGUGUGUGUUCUGCCUGCCGUAAACAACGCUAUUACCAAGGUGCUUUCUGAAUGAAUGGAAAAAAUGGGUGUUGUAGUGCCAGUUUACCGUGUAAUUAAUAAUACUGUAUGAUUCCGGAGGUUCUAAAGGUUCCCGAUGAUGGAUUCUAGUGUUCUGUAUUCUAUGAUUUUUUUUAAACUACCUACUGUCUUCUUGUACAUAUUGACUGUGACAUUUGCCAGUGUCACACCGGUGAUUCGCCAGACUGUAUUGGGACGAACAAACGCUUCCACUUUACACAAUGCUUCUCCCUUUUGACAUAGAAUGUGUUUCAUAUCUGUCAACACUUGCAUGCAAGACUGUUUUAAUACCGAUUUUAAUACGAACAUUUAAAAAUCUUUUUGAACUUUUUGAAAAUAUGAAAAUGUCUUUGUAAGUGUUUUUUUUUUUUUAAAUGUUUUUUUAUUCUGUUGUUGAAAUGAACGGACUUGAUUCAAGGUUCUUUUGUGAUAAAUAGCUUUUUUUGCUUUUGAGUGUCGAGAUUUUUACGAUGGCUUAUAAAAUA